AUGUGGCAUACUGUCUACGUGCUCGGAACCGUCCCCGCGUCCGUCAACGAUCAUGUCGUGCAUGUGGCUCCGCUAAAACGAAAUGCGACUUCCAGUCCCCCUGUAGUCGAUGUAGUAACAAAGGCAUUGCAUGCGUUUCCGCUUAGAACCAGCGACUCAGCCUCUGUCGAUAGUCCUCCAGAACUCCAACGGCCGGGCCUUCAAGAAUAUGUAGCUACGAACAUCGACAUGUUUCGACCAUUCGACCGCUUGUCCCAACUUAUCUCAUGUCUUGAUUUUCCUUUGCACAUGGACCCCCCUACAAUACUUUCCAGCCCUGAAGAAAUGCAGAACUCGUUCCAGCAGCUCAACUCUGCAACCGACCUCGAACUGAUCAUGGGUUCUUUUGUUCAAAACCUGACAGAGGCGCAGGCCGCAGGUCUUGCCAACGCUCAAAUUCCGAGUUCAUCCUUUAAACCAUCACGUUGGACCGAUAAAGACAAAUUCUUGAAUGCUCUUGGAAUACCGAGGAGCAUCCAUCCGCAGCUCAACAACUCUAUUCUUCGCACGUUGAAGAUGGGAGAUCCUGUUGCUCAGCACAGUGCAAGUCUCAUAUUACAAGCAUUUCGGUCUUUCCCACGGAUGAUGAUUCGAAGAGAGACUUUUCCCUGCUUCGUUCAUCCGCACUGGAACGAAUAUUUAGGCAAUUGUUUAAACCUGACGCAUCGCGAGCCGCUAGUUAACUCGUCCAUGUGGAGCAUGAUACGUGCAGAAGAGCUCCGUUUUGCUGAAAAUGUUGACAACAUGCCCCCUGAUCAUCUAAUGUCAGCAAUUCAGGCCUCCAGUAUAUACAUUAUCAUCAGGUUUCUUGAUAACUCUCCUCAUGAACCAGUACAGGCUCUACAAAUGCUCCUUUACUUUCAGGUUCUAUGUGAAAGAAUGCGGCAACAUAUGGACGGUGUAUUUUUCUCAUACGAGCAUGUUACUCCCAAUAGGACAUGGGAUUCCUGGAUACUGGCGGAGAACUGUAGAAGGAUGGCUAUAGUAUGGUUCCUAAUGGGCCGUGUCGUCGGCUUGACGACCGGAAUUCCCUGUGCCUCAGCAGAUGACUGCCGUUCUUUACCAUUGCCUUGUGCACGCGCUGUAUGGGAAGCCAGAUCGUACACUGCCUGGGAGAAUGAAUACGUCAAUUUCUAUCACAAAGAGCCGCAAGAAUUGAAGACUUAUGGAGAUCUCAUCGAUGCCCAUGAGAGAUCGGAUGAUCCUCGUUAUGCAGAAUUAAUUGAUUGCUGGAAUGCUAGUACUGAUGGUGUUGGGUAUUUGAUGAAUUUGGCAAUGCCGAUAGUGUAA